UAAGAAGCAAAAUAAUAACACUAAUACAAAUACAAAUAAUAGUGACAACAUAAGUAGAAAGGAAAUCAGCACCUCUAUUGUGAUACCAUACAAGGAAGGAACAUCAGAAACCAUACGUAGGAUUCUCAACAAGGUUGGAAUUAGGGUGGCAUUUAAACCAACAAACUCACUUAGAGGUAAGCUUUGUCGGCUAAAAGAUCCGAUAGAACCAAUUAAGCAAAAUAAUAUAAUCUACCAAAUUCCAUGUAAUGACUGUGAAGUCAAAUACAUAGGUCAAACUAGCCGGUCGGGGUCAGUUAGAUUAACAGAACAUAGGAAUUUAGCUAAACAUAGAACGACAGACCCCAAUAAGAUCAAUAACCUAGAAAAACACUCAGCCAUUGCAUUACAUUCAUUAACACACAACCACACAAUAGGAUGGGACAAAACCACUGUACUUAAGUCUAAUAUAGCUAGGUGGAGAGAGAGAUUAAUUACUGAAUCUUUGUUCAUCGAAUUCACACCCAACACAUGUAAUAGGAAUGACGCAACACCUAUACCAGAGAUAUGGAAAACUUUACUACCAAUCAAAAAACAAAAAAACAAAGAGAGAUCAGGUGACAGGACUAUAAAAUCAGAUGUCGAAAGAAGUGUGAUUACAUUGAUAUGAUUAUGAGCAAUAAUUUAUGCUCGAAACGUAAUCAAGUAAAUAAUACUGUAUCACUGUGCGCUUUAUAUCAAAUAAACAAAUCUAAUAUGGAACUACAUUCUACCACAGUGCCCAAGUUUUUCACUUAUAUUAAUGAAACUUAUGGUCUUCCUGUUCGAAGGCUAAUCAAUAAACUCACACGACUUUCACAAACUGAAGCACGUUUCACAAAUCAUCGUAUUUUCAAUAUUCGUUGCAUGAAAAAUCAAAUUAUCCCUAAAUACCUUCGCAUACGAAUCCCAAUAUAUACUGACAAAAUCCAAAGGGCAAUAGAACAUGUCAGCAAACUAUGUCUGAAAGAAGAAAUUCACAGGAUUAUUAAGAAAUUAAGUACCAUUCGGAAUAAAAUUGAACAACUUAAAUGUAAAAUUAUGAAGAUAGUAAACUGCAGAGACUAUGGAUUUAUAAUAGAAACAUCAGACAAAGCAAGAUUAGCUACUCUCAAGAAAUCUAGAAGAAAUCAAAUCAAAAAGUUCAGUAAACUAAUGCAAGAAAAAUAUGCUUCGGAAAACAAUGAAAUUACAAAGGAAACAUCAUCGAACAUCGAUAGAACAAAGUGGGUAGUCAAUCUCUCCUCGAAAGCCUUAAGCUCAGCUGAGAUGAAAGUACUUGAAAAAGGACUAAACUUCAACAUAACAGUAGAUCAUCUAAAACCAGAAGAUGUCAUACCUAGCAUAGAAGUAGCAUUAAGCUCGGUGGAUGUGACAACUGCUGAACAGGUUAGAGCGCAGUGUGCAUUAGCACUUAAAAAACAAAAGAAGACACAGCGAAACUUAACGAAACUGGAAAAUUCAGCUUUAAACAAUCUACGAAAGGAUAAUAGUAUAGUAAUUGCUAAAUCUGACAAAGGUAACUCAACAGUAGUUAUGGACAAAUCGGAUUAUCUUAAAAAAAUGGAUGAACAUAUCCAAACAGGGCCAUAUGAAGAGAUUAAGAAACCUAUAGAUACUGUCAUGAAUAAAAUUAAGAAAUCUACAACAGAUCUGAUACGCCGACUGAAGCCAUCUCUAGGUAAGUCCGAAUGGUUUACUUUAAUGCCAAAAACUAAUAAUCCUAGCAGAAUUUACGGUACUAUUAAGGUUCAUAAAGCAGGUUAUCCCAUUAGGCCGAUAGUUGACUUCCGAAACACACCAACAUAUGAGAUAUCAAAGUAUUUAGCAUCAGUAUUACGUCCUGUUAGAGACCGUUCCAACUCUAGACUAGUAAAUUCUUACGAGUUGAAACAAAAACUUAAUGACCUGCACAUAGAAGAGGAUGAAAAAAUGGUUAGUUUUGACGUAACAAGUCUUUAUACUAAAAUACCAAUCAAUAUGGCACUGGAGGCAGUCAGAAAUCAACUAGAUACUGACUCACAACUUACUCAAAGAACCAAGGCAUCGGUUGGUGAAAUCAUGUUAGGAGUGCAGUUAUGCUUAACCUCGACAGUCUUCAAGUUUCAGGGAAAGAUAUACAGACAAACAGAAGGAGUAGCAAUGGGAUCACCAAUAUCCCCUAUAGUAGCAGAUAUAUUUAUGGAUAGUUGGGAAGAUAUGGCUUUACGAACAUAUAAUCCGACACCUAAGAUAUGGUGGCGAUAUGUAGAUGACACAUUUACAGUGUUGAAAUCGGAACAUAUCGACAGUUUCUUGACACACAUAAACUCAGUAGUUAACGCAAUCCAAUUCACCUACGAAGUAGAAAAUGAACAAGGAGAAUUACCUAUGUUGGAUUGCAGAAUAAAACGAAGGAUAGAUGGUGGCUUAGAUACUACCGUCUACAGAAAACCAACACAUUCUAACAGGUAUCUAGACUUCAAGUCAUCUCAUCCAGUGUCAGUUAAAGCGGGUUUAGUCAAAUGUCUAAAUAACAGAGCUGAGAAACUCACUAGUCAUUGUAAGGACUUAAAUAAGGAAUUGAAACACAUAAAAGAAGCGUUAAUAACUAAUAAUUAUCCCCAUCAUUUUAUUAAGAAAUUCACACGGACGCAUAAGAAGCAAAAUAAUAACACUAAUACAAAUACAAAUAAUAGUGACAACAUAAGUAGAAAGGAAAUCAGCACCUCUAUUGUGAUACCAUACAAGGAAGGAACAUCAGAAACCAUACGUAGGAUUCUCAACAAGGUUGGAAUUAGGGUGGCAUUUAAACCAACAAACUCACUUAGAGGUAAGCUGUGUCGGCUAAAAGAUCCGAUAGAACCAAUUAAGCAAAAUAAUAUAAUCUACCAAAUUCCAUGUAAUGACUGUGAAGUCAAAUACAUAGGUCAAACUAGCCGGUCGGGGUCAGUUAGAUUAACAGAACAUAGGAAUUUAGCUAAACAUAGAACGACAGACCCCAAUAAGAUCAAUAACCUAGAAAAACACUCAGCCAUUGCAUUACAUUCAUUAACACACAACCACACAAUAGGAUGGGACAAAACCACUGUACUUAAGUCUAAUAUAGCUAGGUGGAGAGAGAGAUUAAUUACUGAAUCUUUGUUCAUCGAAUUCACACCCAACACAUGUAAUAGGAAUGACGCAACACCUAUACCAGAGAUAUGGAAAACUUUACUACCAAUCAAAAAACAAAAAAACAAAGAGAGAUCAGGUGACAGGACUAUAAAAUCAGAUGUCGAAAGAAGUGUGAUUACAUUGAUAUGAUUAUGAGCAAUAAUUUAUGCUCGAAACGUAAUCAAGUAAAUAAUACUGUAUCACUGUGCGCUUUAUAUCAAAUAAACAAAUCUAAUAUGGAACUACAUUCUACCACAGUGCCCAAGUUUUUCACUUAUAUUAAUGAAACUUAUGGUCUUCCUGUUCGAAGGCUAAUCAAUAAACUCACACGACUUUCACAAACUGAAGCACGUUUCACAAAUCAUCGUAUUUUCAAUAUUCGUUGCAUGAAAAAUCAAAUUAUCCCUAAAUACCUUCGCAUACGAAUCCCAAUAUAUACUGACAAAAUCCAAAGGGCAAUAGAACAUGUCAGCAAACUAUGUCUGAAAGAAGAAAUUCACAGGAUUAUUAAGAAAUUAAGUACCAUUCGGAAUAAAAUUGAACAACUUAAAUGUAAAAUUAUGAAGAUAGUAAACUGCAGAGACUAUGGAUUUAUAAUAGAAACAUCAGACAAAGCAAGAUUAGCUACUCUCAAGAAAUCU